UGUGUUGUUAUUAUUUUUACGGCAACCCUGCAUUUUUGAGGCGGUUCUUUGGGAGGGUUUCUUGAAACUUUCUCUUGGUUUUGAAGCUUUUUUUGGUUCACUCGGAUUUUCUUGGAUUAAAGAAAAUCUGACUUGAUUACUUUUUUUUUUUACGAACGGAUCGAUAGGUUUUUUUUUUUUUGGAGAUCUUGCAUCUUUAAACUAUGGGUCUUUUCGUUUUCCUCAGACGAAGUUUGAUGUAGUGGUUCCUUUUUUUGUUCCGAUUUCUUUUAGGAUAAACAAACAUUUUAUAUAAACCCCAUGAGAGAAAUUGAGAAACUUUACUAAUUUCUCUGAUUUUUUUUUCUUCAAAUUUAAUUUUAUCCAAAUUCUGCGCAUAGUCGCUCCGUCUUUGCUAUAAAACUGCUGCGACUUUUUCUUUUUCAAGGGUCGAGGGUUUUUCUGCAUUACAGUUUUCGAUUUAAGUAAUAGUAAUUCACAAAUACUUGUUCUUUUAACUUGAAUCUGACUUGCGUUUGACACUUUGGAACUUACUUCGACCAACUAAAACAAAUCGAGAGGUAAUGUGGAGCUAAGGCCCAAACGUCAAAAAGGGUUGUUGGAUCGUUUCAAAGGAUUUCAAUAAUGGGGAAGGAGAAUGCUGUUUCUGGAAACACUAUACCAAUCCAUGGUCGCCCUGUAACUCGUGCUCUUGCCUCUGCUCUGCGUGCUUCUUCUAAGCUGAUAACAUCUUCUCAAGUGGCUGCUACAACACAGAACCAGGGACGUGUUCUUAGAGCAAAGAGUAAAAGAACAGCCUUGGAUGAGAAGAAAGCUAAUGCACCUAAGAUUAAGAAGCGAGCUGUUCUUAACGAUAUCACUAAUGUUACCUGCGAGAAUUCUUACACAAAUUGCUUCAGUGUUGCGGUGGAGAAUAUCAAGCUGAUAAAGAAGGGACGACCGAGUUCUUCCAAGGUGGCAUCUUCUUCGGCUACUUCACAAGUUACAGAUGCAAAGCUAGGAGGAAGCUCGUCUGGUUGUACAGAUACAAGCUUAGGCACAAACGAAGCAUCUUAUAGCUUUAUCGCAAAGCCAAGUUCCAGAUUGCCUCCAAGACCCCUUGGGAGAGUUGAAAAGAGUGGUGUCGGAGCAAGUUCCAGUGUGGCAAGUAGCCCGAAAUUCGUUGACAUUGAUUCAGAUGACAAAGACCCUCUGCUCUGUAGCCUUUAUGCACCUGAUAUCUACUACAACCUGCGUGUUGCUGAGCUCAAUCGCAGACCAUUUCCUGAUUUUAUGGAGAGAACACAAAGAGAUGUGACUGAGACAAUGCGGGGAAUUCUUGUUGAUUGGCUUGUAGAGGUCUCAGAGGAAUACACACUUGUACCUGACACUCUCUACCUCACAGUGUAUCUCAUAGACUGGUUUCUCCAUGGAAACUACGUGGAAAGACAGAGACUUCAAUUGCUUGGCAUCACUUGUAUGCUCAUUGCUUCGAAAUAUGAGGAAAUCAAUGCGCCACGCAUUGAGGAGUUCUGCUUCAUCACGGAUAACACUUAUACAAGAGAUCAGGUCCUGGAAAUGGAGAGCCAAGUAGUCAAGCAUUUUAGCUUUCAAAUAUACACCCCCACUUCAAAAACAUUCCUCAGGAGAUUUCUUCGAGCAGCUCAAGUUUCUUUCCCGAAUCCAAGUCUGGAAAUGGAGUUCCUGGCGAAUUACCUAACGGAAUUGACGUUAAUGGACUACCCUUUCUUGAAGUUCCUGCCUUCGGUCAUCGCUGCUUCGGCUGUUUUUCUUGCCAAGUGGACAUUGAACCAAUCAAGCCACCCUUGGAAUCCAACUCUUGAGCAUUACACAACGUACAAAGCCUCCGAUCUCAAAGCAUCUGUCCACGCUUUGCAAGAUCUUCAGCUUAACACCAAAGGAUGUCCCUUGAACUCUAUACGCAUGAAGUAUAGACAGGACAAGUUCAAAUCCGUGGCGGUGUUCAGUUCUGGAGAGCUACCGGAGAAGCUAUUCAUCUCCUAACCGAUAUAACACACAAUCUGUAGUAACAUUUUCUGAUGGUCCACAUUCAUCUGUCUGUCAAAUAAAACAGAGUGUCUUCCCACGGUCUGAUCAUUACCAAGUAACCGGAUUACUUAGGGUUCGGUUAAGUCCGGUUUAGUUUUAGACUGGUUUGGUCCUUCCAUACCUGAUAUUUGUUCUGGUCGGUCGGUAACACGAGUUUGCAAGUGGAAUGUACAUUUUUUCCUGUUUAUUCAGGCAAUUUCUGGUCUGCUUCGAA